GUGGUUUGUACAAGCCCCCAGAUCAAUGCAAGUUGAUAUUUAACUUUGCUGAGCAACUGCCAAUCUUUUACUCUCAGGGAAUUUAGCCCUUCACAGUACAAUAGGUUCUCCUUUUUUUGGACAAGCCAAGAGGGUUUUCUUUUCACUUAAAAAAAGAUACUUUUCAUGGAUAUGGACCUCUGUCUGACACUCCUGUUGAUUUGUCUCUGCAGCCAAGGAUCUAUUAAUGCUGAAGUGGCAGAAGAUCAUUCAGUCCCCCUAAUUCCUCUAGUUCCCAGUCAACCCAUAGAAGAAGAAGAAAGCCAGGGUACCCCAGAGCCAGUAACUCUAACAGAAACAACUGUUAGUGCGCCGUCUGUUCCACCGACAAUCAAGACGUCACCAGAUGAAGAAGAGGGGGAUAGUUGUCAGGCCAUCAGUCAAAGCCCUGACACCAAACAAAUUAUCACUGCUGCAAUUCAGAGAUUGGGUGUGCAGCUCUUACAAAACCUGGAGACAACAACAGAGCAGUCAAAUGUCAUUAUUUCUCCUCUAAGCAUAUCUCUGGCCCUCUCACAGCUGGCUUUAGGUGCGCAAAAUGAGACAGAAGAGCUGCUGAUGUAUCACCUGCAUGAAAAUGCUGUACCCUGUUAUCACGAGUCUCUGCGUAAUGUCUUGAGACAGCUUAGAAACAGCGACAUGCAAAUUGCCACACGCAUGUUUUUCCGCCAAGGGUUUCAGGUAAAGCAAGAAUUUUUGAGUGAGUCUCUGCGGUUUUAUGACUCAGAACCAGCAAUAGUGGAAAGCCUUCAGCAGAUAAAUGAAUGGGUAGAAAAUGCAACACAAGGAAAAAUGACCGACUUCCUGUCUUCUUUACCAUCCAAUCUGCUUGUCAUGCUCAUCAAUGCUGUUUAUUUCAAAGGAGAAUGGAAAGCUCGAUUUGACCCAAACUUUACCUCCAAAGGCGUCUUUUACCUUGAUGAUUUGCAUAUGGUGGAUGUUGAUAUGAUGGAAGAUGCCAAACAUCAGCUGAGUUUUUUCAUUGAUAAUGAGCUGGAGGCUCAGGUGGCAAGAUUCCCAUUCACAAAGGACAUGAGUUUGUUGGUUAUCAUGCCUGAAUCAGGAAAAGUGAACGUGUCUUCACUUUCUUCAAAUCUAAAUUUCUCUGACUUGUAUGAACGUUUACCCAAAGAAAGGGCUGCUCAAGUUAAAAUUCCUAAAUUCAAACUGGAAUAUUCCCAAGAGUUGCAGGAAGUUCUUACCAAAUUGGGUCUUGGGGAGAUGUUCCUAAAUCCCAAUUUGGCUGGGAUUGCACAUGGCCCCCUGCUGGUGUCCAGUGUUAUGCACAAGUCUGGCAUGGAAAUAAAUGAGGACGGUGCGAGGGCUGCUGCUGCCACAACUACCAUCAUCUCGAGGGCAUCCAAUCCUAUUUUUCACCUCACUCAGCCCUUUUUCUUUGUGCUUAUGGACGAUGUAACUCAGAUACCAGUCUUCAUGGGUGUCAUCAACAAUCCCAAUCCUGGUGCCCCUGUCCAGCAGAGGGGAGAACUUGGAAGCAAAGAUAAAGUGGGAUUCCCAGUUGACAAGAAUCACAUGGGCUCAUUUGUAAAGCAUCCUAAAUAGGGACUAAAAUCAAUUUCUUUUUUCCCAGGAAAACUCAAACCAGUAAGAUGAUUGUACAUCCUGUGUCUACAGUCUUACUUUUAUGGAACAAAAUAUUUGUGAAAAGAAAAACGUUGUCUGUUUUCUUACAAAAUAAUACACCAGUAUGGUGUAUUAUUUGGAUUUUUUCAAGAUGUCAACAUGUAAGAACAGAAUCAGUCUGGCACGAUUUCAAAGAUACUGCUUAAUUCUGCAUGUUCCUGGACUUUUUAAAUUUGAUAUGUUGUAGGUAAAUACAUGUAUUAUCUGAAUCCCAUCAUGCUAUGGAUUAUGAUCUUAAAUGAAAUAAAAGGUUGUGUUUGUAUAAA